AUGGAUUCGGACACGGAGCCUGAAAGUGCCCGCAGAGAGCGGCCGUGGCUCUACGCUUGGAAUCGCAGACUUCGACACCUACAGGGCAUAUCUAUUCGUAACUUAGUUGUGACGCAGCUCCCGACUCGGACUCGUGGCAAGACUAUUGAUGACGACGACAUCCCUUAUACCUCAAAGACACCUUCGAAGAUUCGAUCGCAAAACGAAAGCCAUCCUCUACACCCAUCAAAGUCAUUCACUGAUCUAAAGUCACAUGGAAAUAAAAAUGGCAAUACAGACAACGAUCUCGCGAUUCGGCCCCGUCGCCGAAGCACCUUGUUUUGGAACGACCCAAACCCUCGAACUCGACAGGUCAAGCUUGAAGACAUAAUCAAUAGCCGAAUGGUGGACUCGUUUUUCUCACUUCAUUGCGAGGGCUUUGAAGAGCCGGUCUACAUCAGCGAAGUGAUUGAACGUGCAAACAAUCCCAGCUUUCGGUCUUUUGAUCUGAAUCUAUGUGGUCCACACAUCUCCCGAAUGGAUGAACUGACCCUAAAGAUCUGGGCGAAAACGGCAGAAAUGUCAGAACACAUAAUAUUAGUUGAGCUGCAGGUUCAUCUGCGGUCAUUGCAAUUCUUGGGAAAGACGCUCGAGAGCUUCCAUCAGCCACUUCCGGCGAACUCGAUCUUGUUUCAUUUUUCGGAUGGUGUCUACAGCAACCUGACUGAUUUACCACCGAUUGAGACGCCAUUGCAAGCCCCUGGACAGAAGGCCAGUGCAGACGGCACCGUCUUGCCGUCUUCUCCUUAUGACGCUUUGAUGAAAUUGGCCAAUUUGGAUGAAUGUGUGCAGGACGCAUUGGCAACCAGGGAAAAGCUGGAGGCGCAAAUAAGCUCCAUUCUGCAACAGAACGAGGGUUCGUUGAACACCACCGGUGCUGCAGCGGAGUCAUUAGAGAAGCUUGCUCUCGCCAAAAAUUAUGUCGCCGCGGGACGCAAGCGAGUUCGCGCAACACUGAAGCAUAAAGAAGAUUUGAUCGCCAGUAUCAAGGCUCGGAAAGAAGCGAUGCAACAGGGUCGCACCAGCCAAGCCAAGAUACGUAGUCAUCUUCCUGAAGCUCAGGAGCGAUUGGUUGCAAGCGAGCGUUUGCUCAACCAAAAUGCGGAGGAAACGAAGGGUCAGAUUCGACGUAUUGCUGAGGACCUCCUCACAGUCUACCCCGUCGAGCCUAUUCCUGACAAACCUCUCGCAUUCACCAUCGCAGGGCUGGCCCUCCCGAAUUCUUACUUUGAAGACAUCGACCGGCAGGUAGUGGCGGCAGCAUUAGGACACACAGCACAUUUGGUUUAUCUGCUGUCUUUCUACCUGUCAGCGGCCCUCCCAUACCCAGUCAACGCGAACGGUUCGACUUCUGUUAUCCGAGACCCCAUAUCCGUACAGCUCCCAUCUCGCACAUAUCCUCUUUAUCCGGUGAGUGUGGAAUGGCGGUUUGAGUAUGCUGUGUUCCUUUUGAACAAAGACAUCGAAUAUCUUCUCAGCAAGCAAGGUCUACGUAUACUGGACAUUCGACACACACUCCCCAAUCUCAAAUACCUUCUCUACGUUCUCACUGCCGGUACUUCGGAGAUUCCUGCCCGAAAAGCUGGUGGUGUUCGGGCUCUCACUGGGCGACUGACUCCGAGUUUGUCCAGACGUGGCAGCACCGACAGUGCAGCAUCCGGCGAGGUGGUACAGCCACGCAAAGCCUGGGAGUCGGUGUCCAAGAUGAAUGUCAGCCUUGCUUCGGGCAAGGCAAAGACAUCAUUCCCAGCCAUUGGCUGA